UCUUAGGUUUGCAGGUAGGCUGGGUGAAGGAGCUCAUUUGCACACUGGCUUUGGAGCGCAGUGCACUCUCACACAGACACACACAUUCUGCAAGACGCUGCAUCCCUGGGGAGCCACUGAAGAAACCAGUCACUUAGGGAGGACAGACCACAUACAGCCGCCAAGAUGUGUGACAUGGCGGGACUGGAUAACCUGGUGGCCAACACGGCCUACCUAAAAGCCCAGGGUGGUGAUGACAAGGAGAUGAAAAAGCGCCGUCGCAGCUUGUCUCUCCCCAAGCCUGAGCAAUGUGCUACGGUACGAUCUUCCCUUGACAAGGACUUUACAUCACUUUGUGAAAGGCAGCCUGUUGGCAAAAGGUUUUUCCGUGACUUCCUGGUAACUAAGCCUGAGUUUAAGCUUGCUGCUGAUUUUCUGGAUGAGCUGUAUGACUGGGAUCUGGCUGAAGGUGCAACAAAAGACAAGGCACGCACAAACAUCAUCAACAAGUAUUGCAAGGCUGACUCCAAGAACUUCCUGGCCUUUCUUACUGGGGAGCCUGCUGAGAAAUGCAAAGCUGUGACAGAUGCCACCUUUGACGAGGUGAUGAAAAGCAAAGUCCAGGACGGUGUAAGAGAAUUUCUAAAAGGAAAACCUUUCACAGAAUACCAGGAAAGCCCAUUCUUUGAUAAAUUCCUCCAGUGGAAAGAGUUUGAGAAACAGCCCAUCAGUGACAAAUACUUCUAUGAGUUCAGAACUCUGGGAAAAGGAGGCUUCGGAGAGGUAUGUGCUGUUCAAGUGAAGAACACAGGCCAGAUGUAUGCCUGCAAAAAGUUGUGUAAAAAGCGACUGAAGAAGAAGGGUGGUGAGAAGAUGGCCCUAUUGGAGAAGAAGAUCUUGGAGAAGGUUAACAGCCUGUUUCUGGUCAACUUGGGCUACGCUUAUGACACCAAGACACAUCUGUGCCUUGUCAUGACCCUGAUGAAUGGAGGAGACCUCAAGUACCACAUCUACAACAUAGGCUAUGAUGGCAAGGGUGUGGACAAGGGCAUUGAGAUGAAGCGCAUCAUCCACUACACAGCGCAGAUCUCCACCGGCAUUCUUCAUCUGCACGAAAUGAAUAUCAUAUAUCGUGACAUGAAGCCGGAGAACGUGUUGCUGGACAGCCAAGGCCAGUGCCGACUUUCAGAUUUAGGUCUGGCUAUAGAGAUUGCUCCAGAAAAGACUGUCACCCAGAUGGCUGGUACUGGAGCAUACAUGGCUCCUGAGCUCCUGAGCAAAACUCCGUACAGGACAUCAGUGGACUGGUGGGCCCUGGGCUGCAGUAUCUAUGAGAUGGUGGCUGGCUACACACCUUUCAAAGGUGCUGAGAGCCAGAAGGUGAAGGUGGAGAAAGAGGAGGUACAGCGCCGCAUUCUCAACGAGGAACCCAAGUGGGAACACAGAUGCUUUGAUGCUGAUACCAAGGACAUCAUCCAGCAGUUCCUCAAGAAGAAAAUUGAAGAGCGUCUGGGCAUGAAGAACAACAUGGAGGAUCCCAGGAAGCACUCGUGGUUCAAGACCAUCAACUUCCCCCGUCUGGAGGCAGGGCUGGUGGAUCCUCCUUGGGUUCCCAAGCCCAACGUUGUCUAUGCCAAAGACACCGGCGACAUCGCAGAGUUCUCCGAGAUCAAGGGCAUUGAGUUUGACGCAAAGGACGACAAAUUCUUCAAGGAGUUUAGCACAGGUGCUGUGCCCAUUCAGUGGCAGCAGGAGAUGAUUGAAACUGGACUGUUUGACGAGCUCAAUGAUCCCAACAGGAAAGAGGGUGGAGGAGGAGAUCCUGACGAUGGGAAGAAGUCCGGCACGUGCAUAUUGCUGUGAGAAUCCACGUGUGAUAUCAUAUACCAGUAAUAACACUCAAUAAUUAGUUUUCUCAGUCAGGUGCACAUUAACAUUGAUGUAAGAGAUGGAUCAGGUUGUAUGAAAGAGGCAAGCACGAGCAUCUACGUUGAGAAAGAUGUACCACCCCUCUCCUGUAAGGAUGGUCUUGGUUUAAAGAUCUACUGCUUUCAAGCAAUGUUCAAUAAUUUAUGGAGGAUGUGAUGAUGUAUUUUCAGCAUCAUCUCUUUGGUUCACAGCUUCUCUUGCAAACAUACCUAUCUAAUGAUGUAGAGUUGCAACCACAUUGACCAUAAAUAACUGCUAGAGUUCAUUUUUACAACCUUUUAAUUAAGGAUGCUAGUGUAAGAUUAGUAUGUUAGAGGCCUUUGUGCCAGAAACACUGUAUUACUUUAUGAAGAAAAUGUCCAAACUGUAAAAGUAUUUGCAGUAGAAUUAUAUUCUGAAGCACUGCUGUUGCAUUCAGAAUUACGCUUUAAACCAACUGGAACAAACGUCUUCAAACCCUGGAAACUGUUUCGUUUGUAUAUCUCCUAGUGGACUGUGUAAAAGUUGCAGCAUUUCAUAGCACUGCCCCACCAUUUUAUGCCCUUUAUUGAUGCCAUCAUAAGUGUUUCUACAAUGAAGAGUGCUUUUUAAGCACAUGUGGAAGAGAUAGUUCUAGUGUUUAAUAUUAUAUGCUGUGAUCAUAAACCUCAUAAUUAAGGUUGAUCACUGCAUUGACAUCCUACAUAUUUUAGUUUUAUAUAAACUAUAAAAGGCAUCUGCAAUUGUAUUUAUUGUAUAUAAAGAAAUGUAUCUAUGCACUGAGAGAAAGGCAAAUAUGUAAGUAAUUUAAAAUGUAGGGUUUGUUUGGAAGAAAAUGAAGAAUACUCUUCACCUCUUCAGUCCCUCUACUGUUGGUGCUAUGAGAAAAGUCUAUAGCCCUGGGAUGCUGGGUGAGAGAUGAGUGCAGAAACAGCAGUUAAUUGCUGCACAUGAAGGAGGAAAAGUUAGAGGAGUUGGGCAAUAAAUUCCCGUACCAGGACUGUACAGGUUGCCCUGUCCAUGGCCCUGAAACACUGUGAUACAUCAGGGCUCUUUUCUUAGUUUGAGAUGAGUGUGAAUAACUCAAACUAGCCAGAUCCUGAAAAAGACUCCACUAUUGUGGUUGUUAAGCUGAGUAUAGAGACUUGGGUUAGUUCAAAAGAAAAUCCUUGUUAUUCUUGUUCACUUGUCUCAGGGUAAUUAUUUGCUUAAGUUUUUAAAUUUCCAGAUGUUGGGCAGAGUUGAGUUUUUACAGUUAAUGUUAAUAUGAUAUAAAUAUAUAUGAUACAUGUCCUUGUAAAUAUAACAUAAGAGCAAUUGCUACUAUAGAAAUGUGAGAUGUAAAGCAGAAACUUCCUUGAAUCUUGAAUCAUCUGAAUAAAUUAAAACAUAUGUCUUUUAAA